UUGACAUCUUUGACUUUACAAAACAAUCGUUUAUCUGAGCUUCCGGAUGAACUUUGGCGACUUAUUGGACUAAGAGAAUUGAACUUGGGAUGUAAUCGUCUUAAAAGGCUCCCUGUAGAGAUAGGCCUAUUAGUGAACUUAGAAGAGUUGUAUGUACACAGCAACCAAUUGAGUGCAAUACCUGCUCAGUUAGGAAGCCUUGUCCGACUAAGGAUAUUAGACCUGACAGGGAAUUAUCUUAUGUAUCUUCCUGUGGAAGUCAAGGCCAUGUCCCUCUCUCAACUUUGGGCAGAUCAGAACCCAUUUGGUCCUCUCAAUCCGGAUCGUCUCUCCAAAGUUCUCUCGUUGCGAGCCGUC